UACUCCAGAGCUAUGCAGAUGGCGACCUCGUCUGUGGUAUGUAUGGCUAUGCAUGUGGCCAACGAGCUUGGCCUUUUUGACAUCAUUGCCAAAGUGGGUCAGGCUUCUGCCUCAGAGAUAGCAUCCCACUUAGCCACAAACAACCCGAACGCACCCACAAUGCUGGAUCGCAUUCUCUACGUUCUCACCGCUCACUCUCUCCUCACUUGCUCUGUCGAUGACACUGAUGAUGGGCACUCCAAGAGGGUAUACGGGCUCACCCCCGUCUCCAAAUUAUUCGCCCGUAACGAAGAUGGGGUUUCGUUUGCUCCAUUAAUGGCGUUGAACCAGGACAAAAUCUUCAUUGGUAGCUGGUUCGAAAUGACAAACGCGAUUCUUGAAGGAGGGAUACCAUUUGACAGGGCCCAUGGGUCAAACGCAUUUGAGUACCCUAGAAAGGACCUCAGGUUCAACAAGGUUUUUAACGCAGCAAUGCACAACUACACAACCCUAUUUAUUAACGAGACCCUCGAGUCCUACAAGGGUUUUGAGCACCUCAAAGAGGUGGUGGACGUGGGUGGAGGUCUUGGGGUCACCCUCGGUGCCAUCACAUCCAAGUACCCCAGCAUCAAGGGCAUUAACUUCGACUUGCCUCAUGUUAUAGAACAUGCCCCACACUAUCCAGGCGUAGAACAUGUCGGAGGAGAUAUGUUUGAGAGCGUUCCCAAAGGAGAAACCAUUUUUAUGAAGUGGAUACUUCAUGAUUGGAGUGAUGAACACUGCUUGAAGUUGUUAAAGAACUGCUACAAUGCUCUACCGGAGCAUGGGAAGGUGAUAGUAGUGGAGGGGGUUCUCCCGGCAGCACCGGAAACAAGCGCUGUUGUGAAAGCUGUCAGUCAAACAGAUUUGAUAAUGAUGGCUCAAAACCCCGGAGGGAAGGAGCGGACUCGAGAGGAGUUCCUGGACCUGGCAACUGGAGCUGGGUUUGCUGGAAUCAGAUUUGAAUGCUUUGUCCUUACUUAUUGGGUCAUGGAAUUCUUUAAGUAA